AUGCUUGUAUUUCUACAGUUCCUGCCUAAAUAUGUGUCCCUUCAUCUCUUUUGUUCUUUCUCAGGCGUGCUGCCCUCCUCAGCUUUCAGCUUCCCUGCCUCGCACACUGACUGUGUCGAAGCCCAUCGUGAGUGUUCCACCGACCUUCAGUGUGAAGCCCUGUACAGGGGCCUGGAACUAUGUGCGGCCGACGCUGCGGUGUCUCCUCUGGGGGAGCAGGCAGCGGCCGAGUGCCUGGAGAGACAGGAUGCUCUGCUGGCCAAACACCACACUCUGCUCACUUGCAAGUGCCAGCGUGGCUUUCGCAGAGAAGAGCAUUGCCUGCGCAUAUACUGGAGCGUGCGACUCCUGCCAGGAGACGAUGAGCUGGAAAUGUCUCCUUAUGAUGACACCCUGAUGAACAUGCACAUGGCUUCCUUAGUGGCAGCAUCUUCCUUCUUGCCACUGGAUGAUGAGAACCAGUGCCUAAAGGCUGCUCAGGACUGUGGCCUGUACGAGAAGUGUGGAUCUCUGCGAUCCGAGUAUGUCCUGGCCUGCACCAAGAGGAUGCCUGGAACCAACAGAUGCAACCAGCACAAGUGCCACCGGGCCCUGCGACGCUUCCUCGAACGUGUGCCUGAAAAGUACAGCCUGGGCCUUUUGUUUUGCCCGUGUACCAACACCCUGUGUGGUGAAAGACGGAGGAAAACCAUCGUUCCUUCCUGCUCCUACCAGGAAAUGGAGGGACUUCAACCCAACUGCCUGCACCAGCAGAGUUUCUGUCGCAGAGAUGACCUCUGCAGGUCCAGACUAGCGGACUUCCUUCAUAACUGCCAGCCAUCUCCUGUGAUGGUCAGCGGCUGCCUGAGAGACUCUGUCGGCGUCUGUGUCAGAGCCUACGCUGGACUCAUAGGCACCAUGAUGACCCCAAACUACAUCAGUAACAGUUCAGCGAGCGUGUCGCUGUGGUGUAACUGUGAGGGGAGUGGGAACCAGUGGCAGGACUGCCUGAGACUGCAACGCAUGUUCACCCAUAACACCUGCCUGCGUAAUUCCAUCAUGUGGAUGGAGAGCUCUGCCUCCCUACCUGCAGACAUCACCCCACCUCCUGCACCCAGACCAUCGCCGCUGGUUCAAGAGGAUGACCUGCUGAUUAAUAACCACCUGCCAGAACACCACAUUGUGGUGGAAAGCAAUGAAGACACAGAGUUAACACAGCUGGAAGAGCAGGACAGUGAAGACGGCCAGUUUGAUGUCAUCCCCCUGUAUUCAGAAAAAGCCACUGUGUCCAACCUGGGUUCCUCUGGAACAGGGGCAGCCGCGCCUCCCGCCAGCAACCCUCCUAAACCCGCACUUGUGUUCUUUGUACUUCUAUUUGCACCUCUCAGCUGGUGAUAGAACGGAUAUAGCACACACACAUACACACACACACACACACACACACACACACACACACACAUACACCCACUGGACCUGUCAACAGUCCUGGACUGAUUGUUGUCGAAAUGCAGAGGACAAACAGACUUCAGAUUUUGUCUUCUUCUGUCCUUCCUGAUUGAUGUUGUGCGCCUUGGUUCUG